GCAUUAUGCAUGCAACGUGCUUGAUGCUGACUGGCUUGGGAUGGCGGGGUAAGUCAUUCGGUGGUGGGUGCAUAUAAAUGUGUUGUCGUGUCGCAGACCGGGGGUUCCAUAUACUUUUCAUCUUGUUGGCGGUGGAACGCUUCUAUUAUCUCUUUACUAGAACAAUCGUUUCUUGCGAUUGGUAUCCACCAUGAAGAAACUGACAAAGGAGGAGAGGCUAGCGAAGAAGCGCGCCUCUGCGGUAGGGCCUCCCUCAGAGCCACCGCCAUCUCCACUUCCACCCUCACCUAGUGUUCUCGAAAGUGAGCAGUGGAUCUACAGGAGAACAGUUGCGGGACUGAACGACAAUACUGCGCCGAUUUCAGAGCCGCCAUUGCCGCCACCCGUAUUCCACAGUGAGCUGGAGGGCGAGAGAGAAACGACUGUAGAAACGGAUCUCGGCCCAGAAGAAUCGCCACAAAAGCCGUGGACUUCUCCCUACGCUGAAGCCCCUGUAACACUACACUUUGGUCCAAGUGAAACCGCUUACCUUGUGCUCCCACAUUUCUUACCCCCUACAUGGACGGACUCUGGUACGAGAGAGCGAUUUUGUUUCCCAGACGUAGAUGUACAGACUGGUCAUACUCUAGUCCACUACCUGUACAAAGGGGUGUACGAGACGCCUGUUCCCGAUGACGAGUGCUGGACAGGUCGAGCGCGCAUCAAACUCAAAGCUGCAAUUCUAGUGUUUAUCGCGACAAGCGACCAUAACAUGCCCGGCUUGCAACGCCUCGCUAUUGGCCAGAUCCAAUCGUAUGGUUCCUACCUGGACAUUUUCGAGUUGCUCGAUGUCAUCGACGACGACUUCUCGCGCCUUCAUUCAGAUAGCUGGGUUCACGACUUUCUAAACCAGCAGUCCAAGAAAGCGUUUGAAAACGACCACACAGUGUUCACGAAAGACGCCUUUCUCCACGACCUUGCCGACGCAGCACUAGUCAAGUUUAUAACACGAUGUACCGUGAAUCUCUACAACACUAGACUUUCACAUAUGAUCGCCACAGAGAAGGAGCUGCGCCAUGAGCUCAAUGCUCUGAACCAAAGCGCGCGUGAUCGUAUUCUGGAGCGAGGGGAACUUAAAUCUGAGCAGCCUGCCACCAAAGAGUCGAUCGUUGAAGAGAGCAGUGGGCUGGAUGUAAAGAGUUUAGUACUCGACGAUGACUUAAGCACGGUCAGCGGUCCGCCUUCUUCUGAACCUAUAGCGUACGUUUCCGAGAUGAGCUCGUAUGACAGUAUUGCUGAGGAGAGUGUAAUGCGAGACCCUGGCUCUGAUAUGAGCGAGGCGGUCGUAGAAUCUGUGCCAGAUCCAAAGCCAGAUCCAGAGCCAGAGCCACGAUCGGACCCAGCGCAAGAGCUGGAGCCAGUCGUAAUACAUGACCGUUGUCCAGAACCUCUAUGGUCGAAUCCAAUCGAGCAGCUGCCGGAUGAUACAGUGAAACAAUCUCUGGAUUUACCCACCGUAUACGAAGCCGUGGGGCUUGAAGCCCCAGCUGAGGGUGAGGCGGUGAACACAACUCCAGGAGACGUGGCUGGCAGAUGGUGUCCUUUGCAGACUCAACAUGUACUGAUGGGAGAUGGAUGGAAAGAUUGCAUCGCCUGUCAUGUGGUUGUGACAAGGCUGGCGAUGCAGAUGUCGGGAUCGCAGGGAACAUGAGGAUCUUGGAAGGGCUAACUAGAUUUUUGGAUCUUGUCGAAAUUUGUUGUUUCACAAUCGUAAAUUGACAAUACUAUGAGCACCGACUUGAUACACGAAUCUGAACCUCGUCAUUAAGCA